AUGAAGCAAAGAUUUUCUUCAGUAGACGUAAAGGUCAUCACCCAGGAGCUAGCUGCGGAGCUGGUCAGUCUGCGGGUGUCCAACAUCUAUGACCUGUCUUCGCGUAUAUUUCUUUUCAAAGUAUCGAAACCAGACCAUCGCCGUCAACUCAUCGUCGAUUCUGGCUUCCGCACUCAUGUCACGCAAUACUCUCGCACAGCAGCCACCGCACCCUCCCACUUCGUAACCAGACUGCGCAAACUCCUCAAAUCGCGUCGUAUCACAGGAGUCACGCAACUUGGCACAGAUCGUGUCAUCGAUAUCUCUUUUAGCGAUGGUACAUUCCAUAUGUUCCUUGAGUUUUUUGCCGGCGGCAACAUCAUAGUCACUGAUCGCGAAUAUAACAUCAUUGCGCUGUUUAGACAGGUUACUGCAGCGGAGGGCGAAGAAGCAAAACUUGGCCUCAAGUACGAUAUAACCAAUAAGCAGAACUAUGCGGGAAUUCCUGAUAUUACGCCGGAACGGAUCACAGAGACGAUAGAGAAGGCGCAGGCAUUAUUUGCACAAGAAGGAAACGCGCCUAAGAAGUCUAAGAAGAAGAAUACGGAUUUCUUGCGGAAAGCUCUUUCGCAGGGAUUCCCUGAAUUCCCGCCACUUUUGCUGGAUCAUGCAUUUGCCGUUGUUGGACUUGAUGCUGCGACUCCGCUUGAUCAGGUCCUUGGUAAUGAGACAGCGCUACAGAAUGUAAGGAAAGUCUUGGAUGAGGCCGAGAGAGUGUCGAAAAGCUUUGACACCGGUGCGGAUCAUCCCGGCUAUAUUGUUGCCAAAGAAGAUCCGCGAGUGUCGGCGCAGGCGGAAGGUGAAAAUGAGCAAAAGCCCGGGCUACUAUAUGAGGAUUUCCAUCCAUUCAGGCCUCGACAGUUUGAAGAUAAGCCGGGGAUCAAGAUCUUGCAGUUUGAGCGCUUCAACGCCACUGUUGAUGAAUACUUUUCAUCUUUAGAAUCACAACGCCUUGAGUCUAGGCUUACGGAGAAAGAAGAAACGGCCAAGCGUAAGCUGGAUGCCGUUAGAGAUGAGCACCGAAAACGGAUCGAUGCCCUGAAAGAUGCACAGGAAUUACAUAUCCGCAAGGCUGGUGCUAUCCAAGACAAUGUAUAUCGCGUUCAAGAAGCAAUGGACGCUGUGAAUGGCUUGGUCGCGCAGGGUAUGGACUGGGGAGAGAUCGCACGAUUGAUCGAGAUGGAGCAAAGUCGAGGUAACCCAGUUGCCCAAGUUAUUAAGCUGCCUCUCAAACUUUACGAAAAUACCAUCACUCUCCUUCUAGGAGAAGGCGAGGAAGAGGAGGAAGAUGUCGAUAUCGAGUCCAGCGACGAAUCUGAAUCCGAUUCGGAGGCUGAAGAAAAAGAGGAGCGAACUCGAACCGAUGCUGCAUCACGGAUGCUGUCAAUUGAUAUCGACCUCGGACAAACGCCUUGGGCUAAUGCCUCACAAUACUAUGACCAAAAGAAACAAGCUUCAGAGAAGCAGGAGAGAACUGCUCAGUCUUCUACGAAGGCGCUUAAGAGUCACGAGAAGAAGGUCACUGCCGAUCUGAAGAAGACUUUGAAACAAGAGAAGUCAGUUCUUCGACACGCUCGUGAGCCAUUCUGGUUCGAGAAAUUCGUUUUCUUCAUCUCCUCGGAAGGUUACUUGGUUAUUGGAGCCCGGGACUCAAUGCAAAGCGAAAUACUUUACCAUCGCUACCUGAACAAAGGUGAUAUCUUCAUUCAUGCCGACCUGGCCGGAGCGAUGCCUAUUGUGGUCAAAAACCGCACCGGGAAUGGGGAUGCUCCUAUCUCUCCAAGCACAUUGUCACAAGCUGGAAUCAUGUGUGUUGCAACUUCAACGGCAUGGGACUCCAAGGCUGUCAUGUCUGCGUACUGGGUACAUGCCAACCAGGUUUCGAAGACAGCCGAGAUGGGUGGUGGAAUUUUGCCUGUCGGUGAUUUCCAAAUCAGAGGCGAGAAGAACUUCCUAGCGCCAUCGCAGUUGGUGCUCGGCUUUUCCGUCUUAUUUCAGAUCAGCAAGGAAAGCCUGCGCAAUCACAAAAUACACUAUGAUACCACCGAUAUUCUUGCUACUGAACCCCAGGAGUUCGAAGCAAAGCCCUUCACCAAGGGGGAAUUGCCCGAGCAGAUAGAACAAGACGAAGAUGUAGAGGAGGCAGAAGAAGACGAAAGAAAUGUUUCCGACGAGGAAAAGGAAGACGACAACGAUGCGGCGCCAGCUUCUCGAAACCCUCUUCAACGAGGUAACUCCGAACUUCCUUCUGCACAAGCUAAGCAGGAUGAUGAGUCUGGAUCUGAAUCGGAUAAAGAAGAGGAUACGACUAAAGAGGGGGCAGCAGAGCGCGAGCCGGAAGCUGAGACUGAACCCAACCAAGACCAGUCUGCCAAGGAAAUAGCCGAGGAUGAAGAAUCAGAAGACGAGGAGUCCGCUUCUGCUCCUCAGGAGGAGGCCUCUCAAGAGCAAGACAAUCAGAAGCUCACAGCGCGAGAACGCAGAGCUGUGCGCCAAGGCAAGACCAUCGACCGACCAGGCCAGGCUGAACCUGCCCCAACUCGUACUGCACUAACCCGGGGUAAGCGGGCCAAGGAGAAGCGUGCUGCAGCAAAGUACGCCCAUCAGGACGACGAAGAGCGUGAACUAGCCCUUCGGCUCCUGGGAGCCGGUAAGGGCAAAGCCGCCAAGGCAGCUCAAGCAGAAGAAGCUAAAGCUCAGCGUGAGCGAGAAGCCGAAGCACAAAGGCUGCGGCGACGAGCACAGCAUGAGCGAGCAGCAGCAGCAGAGCAAAAACGACAAGCUCAGUUUUCGGGGGGUGGUGAUGACUACAAUGAAGAGGUCGCAGCCGCCGAAGCCGCUGACUUGACCUGGAUUCCAGCACUGGUUGGAACCCCAACUCCAGAUGAUGAGAUCCUUGCUGCUAUUCCCGUCUGUGCCCCAUGGGGCGCUAUGGGCAAGUACAAGUACAAGGUGAAGCUACAACCUGGCGCUGUGAAGAAAGGAAAAGCCGUUAAGGAAAUUAUUGGUCGUUGGGUCUCUGAGACUACUACUGGCAAGGUGAAGAAGGAUCACGCCGAGGAUGCGGGGAUCCCUCGCGCUGAUGCAGAGCGGCUACGGGCUAGAGAGGGUGAGCUGAUCAAGGGGUGGAAAGAUACAGAGAUUAUCAACACUAUGCCGGUUAGCAAAGUGCGUAUCAUGACUGCUGGUGCUGCCGGCGGCGGCGGAGGCGGAGGCGAUAAGGGCAAAGGGAAAGGAGGCGGUGGUGGUAAAGGUGCUGGAGGUGGGAAAGGAGGGAAGGGUGGAAAGAAGAAAUAG